ACAAUUGAUGGCGAGAGUGGGUCUUGCUAACACCAUCCACGCGGAAUCCCGCGGCGGACUACUCUGCAGAAGCUUCAGCGUUGUCCUUCUCCCGCCUCGCUCCUCUCGCCAACAACAGCCCACCCCCGUGGAACUCACUCUCGCUGUCUCGCCAGCGCCAUCGCCCUCCCCCCCCUGGUGGAGGCCGACGCAACUCGAUGCCGUGAUGCUGUGGUCCACAACGCUGUGGGACAGUGGCGUGAGAAGGAUCCUUGGUUGUCCAGCGGUAGACAGGGAUGGAGCAGGACAAUGCAAUGUGGUUUAGGCCGCGAAUCCUAGCGCAGGAACGCUCUUAGUCACCCUUCUAGUGCAAGUGAUCCAGUUUUGAGGGUUACAUGAUUUGGAUCUGAGCGACGUAGAAUAGUCAGGAUCUGUUGUCGGUUGAUGCAGGUCCGCAGCGCUUGAUUUUUCCAUUUGGGUGGGAUGCAGAAUGAACUUGAUCUACUGGUCCAGUCUAUUCUGUGCUAGAAAUUGUGGUCGGAGUUUGAAGAUUGCAAUUACUCCCGCAGGACUGUGUUGACUUUCAGAUUGGGUGUUGCUGCAGUGUUUCGCCUGACAUUGUGUCAAUGGCACAUGAAUUCUAUUCCCGGACGUCGACGUGCAGUUUUCUUGUCAAGUCUUGCUAGAUUUAAAGCAGGGGCAACUGGUGAAAUCGUGAAGCUUAAGUCCCGUCUUGUAGUUCUCACAGAACUGAUUCUAAUUGCUAGUCUUUUUCAUCUUGUUGGCAUUGAAAGUAAGCAUUUAUCGCUGGGACUCCACAUUGUAAGUGUUCUUCGCUAAAGUUCCGAAAGUCUACAGCUAGUAUGCUUAGUGAAUGCGGUUAAGAUCGUGUGUAUUUAUGCUGCCAAAUAUGAAGUUUUUAUACAAUGUAGACGUAGGUUCUCCAGGAUCAUGAUUUCGUGAUGAUAGACGAUCUUGUUAAUUAACAAUCGAUAGAGGGGGCAGGAAGACCUGAGUUGGAAAUGCGAAUGAGUGACGCACAUGAACCACAAUCAGAGAAUAGUGGGAGCUGUGGACCCUGACAAUAAGCAAAGGGUACACAAUGCCGGCUCUGACGGCCUCAGGGAGGAUUCAACGACUCGAAAUACUCAACUUCAAGUCGCUCAAGUGUCACCAGGUAGUUGGCCCGUUUGAUAAUUUUGCAGCAAUCGUCAGCUCCAAUGGAGCAGGUAGAAGCGAUCUGGUGGAAGCCAUCAGUUUUGUUCUGGGGGUGCGGUCGUUUCAGCUGCAGGGUAUGGUGCAGAGGGCCGGUUUGGACGACAGGGAGCACGGGAAAUCGAGGGGGAAGAUCGCAUUUGUGAAGCUGGUUUACUGCACCGCAAGCGGCGAGGAGAUAAAGUUUGGGAGAGCAAUCACGAGCAGUGGCACGAGCGAGUACCGCAUCAACAACAUACCCGUCACAUGGGAAAUCUACAACAACACGAUGCAGGGCCUGGAUAUCCUUGGAGAAGUAGACUCGGAUGGGUCCAGAGAAUUUAGGGAGCCUAGUUCCGUGUCGCAGCCCGCAUCAGCUCCGGACGAGUUGAAGAAGAUCCACAAGGAACUAGAGACACAGAAGGCACGCAAGGAGGAGAAGUUGAUUCCCAUUGAUCAGAAGAGAAAGAUGUUCGCUGCAGAGCGGAAGCAGAAGAUGGAACAGAAAGAGUCGGAGGCGGAGAAGCAACUUAGACUUCAAGCAGAGCUUGACAAGAGAGCUGCGGAGGUGAGAAUGGAGAUGGAAUGGUUAGCAUCUGCGGGCAAUGAGAUGGCGAGUUCCGACUUUGAGGCAUUGGACUCGGAGUAUGAAAGUCUCCGCGAGCAGGGAAGGUGGAUGGAAGAUGAGGCACUGAAAGUUGAAGCGUCUCGGAAGGCUGCAAUUGAAGCGGCGGACUCGUGGAAGGCUUCGAACCAGCCGAGCUCUCGGCCCGAAUCUCUUCCGCACAUGUUGAAUAGAGAUAAUGCCGUUUCGGGCGCGUCCAUUGCGACCAAGGCUGUAGACUUUACGAGCUCCAAGUCUCGCCCAAAUGACGUCAAGGAUGUGAAGGGCAGGAAGAAGGUGACGGAUGUGCCAGUAAUCAGUAUCUCUUCAAAAGGCACAUAUAAUGAUCACAGGAUCGAAGAGUUGAACAGGGAAUAUAGGGAACUAGUUGAAUACCAGUCGCAGAACAGGGAUGGAAAUGGAGCAGAGGUGUCACUGGAGUUGGAAAGCAAGCACAGUGAGAAUGGGUAUUCACAAGUUAAUAGGUCAGGUCGUGGCUCAAGGUAUUCCGGACCAGAUGCUGAGGGAAAAAAUGGCAGUGAAAUGCACGCGGCUGCGGAUGAGUCUGCAUGGAUUGAUGGGAGCGCUCGAGACGCGCACGCUUCGCGACGACUGGAAGAUUACGAUGAUCAGAUGUGCGGGUCGGAGACAGGGGAGGAUGAAUUGGAUCCAGACAAAGACAGCCUGAGCAAAGCGGAAUGUCUGGCGGAGGAGUUGUAUAGAGAUGCCAUGGAGCUGCACGACAGAUUGGUGGCGGAAGCGGAGAUGAACACCGCUGUCGGCAUGUGUGGGGUUGAUGGGAAAGGUCACAGUUGGAUUGCGGAGACGAAAGAGACAUGUGGUGCCGUAAUGUAUGCAAAUGGCCACGUUCAGAAUGGUAAGUGUGGAAUGGUGGACAAGGAUGGUGAAUUAACUUCGGCUGGGAGCAGCGAAUCGAUGUCCCUUUCUUUCUCGCAGACGUCCCAAAGCAGUGACACUCCGGCAAGCGCGUUGGGUCAGACGGAAAGGUUGCAUGGUAUGAAGCUGGAACUAAGCGAAAAAGGAGGCUCGGCACAGGCGAACGGUGGAAGUAGGAACGGCGGCGAUCACGCGAUGACAUCUUUGGUGGAGUUCCGGGGCGGCGAGAACGGUGUAAGUCCUAGGAGUACCAUGGAGAAGGAGAUUGCCAGGUUGAGGGGGAGCAAUGUGAGGAAGCAGCUGAAGAUUGACUCGUUACAAAAGUGGAAGGUGUAUUACAAGUUGGAGGUGGAGGACAGGGCGCGGAAGUUGGCACAGAUGGAAGAACGAUACAGGCGGGAGUUGAAGAAGAGGGAAAGAGCCGUGAAGAAGACGGUUAAGGCACACGCGAAGGAGAUUGCAGAGCGAGAGGCGAAGCGAGAGGGGAUGGAGGAGAAGCUAAGGGAGGAGAUUAAGGAGCUGAACCGGGUGGUGGAGGAGCUGAGCGAACAGUUAUACGAGAUGGAGGAGCACUUGGCAUCCCGGGGAAUCCAGUACAAGCCUUCCUUGAACGAGAACACGGGGCCUUCCUCGAAGACUCUUCUAUCUGCGGUUAUUGGCGUGAAGGAGGCUGCGCACACUUUCUCUCGGACGUUCAUGUCGCACCUGAAGCAGCAUUUGACGAAAGCUCGGGACCUGGACGAGCAGAUAUGCCUAGAGUCGGAGGUGAUCGUGGCGAGACCGUCGGACUACAAGUUCUUGGUGCAGUCGUUCAUUUUGCGCCGGAUGUUCCUGGACUUCGACAGCGAGUGCUUCAACAUAGAGAGUUGCAUGAGCGAGAUCUUCAACAUCGAGGAGCACUCGAAGGCGUGCUUUCAGGAGUACUUGAAGCACAGGACCGUUUCUGAGACGGUGACACUGCUGACGGACAAUCGGUCGCACAGCGCUUUCCUUCGCGAGUUCUGCUUCAAGAAGUUCUUGCACAUAGUGAGCGAGUCGACGGAGGAGGCGUUCUUCGGAGACUUCAACCACAGCGACGACAUCUGUGCCGGUCGGCACCCGUCGAGCCGGUUUUACGAGAGCUUUUUGAAGCUGGCGGUCUCGGUGUGGCUCCUGCACAGAUUGGCAUUCUCCUUUCAGCCGCCGGCAAGAAUGCUGUCGGUGCGGAAGGGUGCCCAGUUCAACCCGACCUAUAUGGAAUCUGCGGUGCCUGGGAUUUCGAACGGCGAGGUUGCGGAAGGGGAGGGAGGUGCACUUCCGUUCGAGGCCCUGGUGGGUCUGAUGGUUCAUCCAGGUUUCCGAUGCGGCAGCAGCAUUAUCCCGGCCCAAGUGUAUUUGGUAACCACAUGAAUCAGCACUGGGUCUGGUAGAUCAGACUUGUCUAUUUCUCCGAGUGCGGGCUUGAUGAGCGAGUCCGGAAUCACUGCCCCCGCAUGGGUCGGACGGCGGAAGGUUUGCCCGUGCGUAGCCCUACAGAUGUUGAUAAUAUGCAUUUGAUGCUGAGAUUGUGUGUUGAUGACGUUUAUUUCACCGCUGACCCUACGAUAGCAACGCCAGUUCCAAGCUGACCCUUUGAGUGUGUUCUCGGGCGUAUUCAGUGUAUACCGAUCACGGCUUCCACUGGUGAAGUCCCACGAAUCAGUGACGCAGCACGCUCGGCAGGGAGUUGGAUGGCGGGUGCCUUGAUUCCUCCGUCGAACUGGGCAUGGCUGCAAUGUGUAGAAGUGAGCGCCUUGUAGCCAAAAUGGAAGCGAUUGCUCAAUUCCUGCGUAGCCCGGAGGUGGCGAGAUCCUCUGGGUACAGUGCUAAAUGGUGUGACGUGUUCUGUGCAGGCAGGCGCCACAUAGAAUCGGCGAUAGUUGCCGGUUAGACGAGUUAACCUACGGUUGUAUUGUUGAUUGUUGCGUCGUGGUUUGAUAAGUGCAACUGUUAAUGUGGUGCUCUUUACUGCAAAAACUGCAUGAAGUUGCGAUUGCGGUGUUCAGAGCAGAUUCCCAGAUAGAGAUCUGUGGAGGUGGAUGAGUUUGACACGAUGUAGUCAACGCACACAUAAAUCCUUGUUUCGAUAUUACGAGUUUUGAAAUGGGUGCAUAUUGUCGUGACAAUGGGCCAUUUUAAAGCACAUUGUGUAAAAGUUAGGAUAUUUGUUAGUUUGUGGUGCCUUAACCAUACAUAUUGAUUUAAAAAACAAAGAACAA